CAUGGCGGCGCCCUUUCAUUAAGUGUAAGAACGCAGAGAGAGAAGAAAUCGAAUACUGGGCCAGGUAAAUAGUGUAGAGCUAUUUUUCCAUUUCUAUCUUUUCGCAGACUCCAUUCUACCACCGCCAUUACAUAGAAAUUAUCAGAAAAAGACACGUGUUUUCACAAAUACGACUGUGGCUUCGGCGAGACCCUGACUUCAGCAGACUCCUAAAUAACAGCAGCAUUCAACAAAGACAUCAACACAGGUGACAAAGACAUCAAUUGGUCGGUUUUACCUUAAAAAAUAAGGCCUUGAUGAAAGAAGCUCUGUUAUGGACCAUCAACGCCCAGAACUUACCAUGAAGGAAGAGGAAUUGCAGAGCAGUCCACUCGCCACUGAUGUCAACCAGCUGUUUGUGGUUAAAACAGAAGAUCCAGACGAGUGGCCCUGUGCUCUGAUCUAUCACAGUCCAGGGGAUGACACAAAAGGGAAGAUUACCAGCAGUCCACUGCCCACUGCUGACCUGCAAGUAAUCAAAGAAGAGUCCUCUAAUGAAUCGGACUACAGAAUAAAACAUCAGGGACCAGAACUUAACAUAAAGGAGGAGAAGGAGGAAGUUUCAGCCAGUCCAUUGACAACUGGUGUCCAGAAGGUGCUAGUGGUUAAAGAAGAAGUUCCUGAUGAAUGGAGCUUGUCUACUACUCAUAGGAACCCAGAACCUCUCAACAACGUAAAUGAAGAAGCACAUCACCCAUGUAACGGCAGUCGUGUUUUUGAUGUCAGAAACAAUGACUGCCAGAUAGAAACUGUGCGAGAAUUGGAGGAAAAUAAUGGAGAAUUUAACACACCCCGGAAAUUUUUUAGCUGUUCUAUUUGUCGUAAGCAGUUCCUCUAUCAGGAGUCUUUUCAGAAACACAUGAAAGGCCAUUUAGAAAAAAGUGAUUUCAGCUUCAACGUCAAGAAAGGUUUUAUUGUAAAGCCAAAUUUAGAUACUAAGAAGAUUGAUUCGGAGAAAGCAUUUGGUUGCGAUGUUUGCGGAAAAACUUUCCACCAAAGGUCAUAUCUCUAUAGGCACAAGCGAACCCACACUGGAGAGAAAGCUUUUUGCUGCGAUAUCUGUGGUAAAGUAUACAUUGAUAAGUCAACCCUUAGCAAACAUAUGAGCAUCCAUAGUGGAGAGAAAGCGUUUGGUUGUGAUGUUUGUGGUAAAACGUUCAUCCAAAAGUCCAAUCUUUAUAAACACAAGAGAAUUCAUACAGGAGAGAAACCAUUCAGUUGUGAUAUUUGUGGUAAAGCAUUUAUAUAUAAGUCUAUCCUCAAUGGCCAUAUGUUGGUCCACACAAGAGAGAAAACAUUCAGCUGCGAUGUGUGUGAUAAAACAUUCACGGAAAAGUCCAAUCUCCAAAAGCACAAGAGAAUCCACGCUGUAGAGAAGUCAUUCAACUGUGAUAUUUGUGAGAAAUCGUUCAUCAGUAAGUCUACCUUGAACAGACACGUAGGGAUUCACGCUGUGGACAAACCAUUCAGCUGUUUGGUCUGUGGUAAAACAUUCCAUCAAAAGGUAGUUCUUAAUAGGCACAUGGGAAUCCACACGCUGGAAAAAUCCCUCGAGUGUGACGUCUGUGGUAAAUUCUUCAAACAAAAGGCACACCUUGCUACACACAAACGAAUCCACACGGGGGAGAAACCAUUUAUCUGCGAAGUGUGCGGUAAAGCAUUCAACCGAAAGGAGAGGCUUUGCUCACAUAACAGAAUCCACACGGGAGAAAAACCAUUUGGUUGUGAUUUUUGCGGUACCAUGUUCAACGACAGCUCAACCCUUCGGAAACACAUGAGGAUUCAUACUGGAGAGAAGCCCUUUGGCUGUGAUGUUUGUGGUAAAAGGUUUCGAUUCAGAUCUAAUGUCAAAAAGCACAUGAAUACCCACACGUAAUAGAAAAUUAAUGUUGUAGGAAAGGAUUUGCUUUGCUCAUAAGCAUCAAAACUUGUCACCAUUGUACCUUUCAACUAUUAAGGAUUAAAAAUGUGGGGUUUAAAGUGCAAACAAGAUAUUUUUGUUAGACUGUCUUUACAUAAGAGUAAUGUUGAGGAAAAGUUCCAUGCUUAGACAAGACCGCAAAGAAGUCUUGAAUCAGCUGUAGUUGUCAUGCCAGGCCACAAUGUGGCGCUGUGAUUUUAGCACGUUGUCAAAACACACACACACACACACUUGACACCUCAUUACCGUCUACCUCAUGUAGAAAACAGUGACCCAUCUCUGAUAAACCGAGUGCUCAUAUAACACGUAUUUAAUUCAUAUCAGAAGUUGCCUUAAGCUGAAAAGGCUGAAUAGCUCAAGUUCCCCUCUGAUACCUGGUUUAAAAAACUGCUGAUGUCAGGGACUCCGAUCACUAGAGUUGUGUAAACGUGCAGCUGGAUUGCCACAAAAAUGUUUCACUGAAAACUCGCUCUGCGUAAACAAAGCGUCUCAUAUGGACAGACAAAUGAGCCUCUCUGCUGAGUUGUGUUCAUACCCCAGAGAAAUGCAGCUACUUCCACAGUUUUAUGCCAUCAGCAUAUGUAUGUAUGGUGAGAUAAUUCUCAGCUGGGGUUUAGCCUCGUGAAACCUCAAAUAUGAUAGUCCAGAUUAACCACUGCUCAAAGACAAACGUACCAUACUCAUACUGUACAAAUGAAAUUAUUAAUAAUACUUAAUGUAGGAUAACACCAACUAUGACGAAUUUAAUCGUUACAUUUUUCUAAAUUCUUAGUGUUAGUAGUUUGUGUAUGUCAAUAAGACAUUCAUAGUUAUGAGGACUAUAAAUUACACAUAUUAUCAGUCCUGUUUAUAAUUUUUCAAAAUGUACAGAAAUGUCUACUCUAGAAACUGAAUGGUUUCAUUACAAAUUCACAUUUCUGUUCUGGAAAUGUUUAAUUGUAUUUAAAUAUUAACUGUAUUCAUAUCAUUUCUUUUAUUUAGGCUGCAGUUUUGUGUGUAUAUAUAUGCAAAUUUCAUUGAUCUGGACAAUAUUUGUGAAUGCAUUGUUUUACUUUUCUUAUUUGUUAAAAAAGAACAUAAAGUCCUACAGUGAAGCGUUUUACAGUUAAUGCAUGUAGAAGAACGGGAAGAUUAAAGGAAGCACAUGCCGGAGUUGUAUAGGUCUGCUGUCACAAAAAAAAAGGAACAAACAUCCUUCCACCACUGCACAGUCAGUCCUGAAAGAUUGACUGGAGACCAAAACAGUUAGCUUAUUGAUGUGUAUUUAUUUUCUCAUCCCACACUGGAGACUGGAAUGCUCUGGGUUUCUAACUUAGGCCUCUUCUAUAAACACUCGUCACUCAUGACUAAGCUGCCACAAAUAUAAAAUGCUUAUGUAGCACUAUAAUGAUUUUCUUGAUCACUGCUGGCGAAAAGGCAGUUUAUAAGAGACAAAUGACAAUUCUGUCUUUGUGGUUUUAAAAUGACCUUUCUGAAUAAUAAUGAUAUCCUUAUGGGCAUGAGGAAAUCUUAGGCAGCAUAUCAUGUCAUGCUGUUUUAUUAGUUUUUUGAGUUUUUUAAUUUUUUUAUUUUGCCUUUGUUGUUGCCUUCACUCCAUACGUGCUUCUUGUCAUUACCUCUGAUGUAACUGUAUGUACAAUGUGAUAUUUUUUUUUAGAACAGAAGUCAAAGAAUAAAUUCCAUUUGCAAAUUCUUA